AUGUCGCGCUUGAGACGGAGAAUUCUCCGUUUAGCCUUUUCCGCUGUAGCAUACGGCUGGUGGUUCAGUCGAAUCACCUUCCCGUGCUUUGCCUUUGGACCGCAAGCUCCCAAGGUGCCUCAGGCGCCUGAGGCAUCAGAUACUGUUGGACGAUGCCUUUUGGGCAAAGAGGCUUGGCAAUUUAGUCGAUGGCGUGCUGAAACCGACGACAUCCGUGGGGGCACUUCAACUGCCUCCUUCAAAGGCUUGACCGAUUCGAGCGGCUUCGCUGAAUUCGCAGGGCUUCUAUCAGAGGUGGAUCAGGCCUUCGCGGGUGUCUCCUUGCAAGCAUCCUUUCUGCCGUCCCUGUCCGAGCUCAAGGGCCUUGUGCUCGACAUUCACCACGGAGAUGGCGAGGAAUACGCCAUCGCCCUGCGGAUGUUAGGCGCUCCGGCAGGCGUGGAACAUGUGUAUCGCUUUCAGGCGAGACCCGGAAGUCGAGUGGAGAUGUAUUUCAGGGAUUUUCAGCCAACACUUCGAGGAGAGGAAGUCAAGGAUAUGAAGCAGCCUUUGUCUCUGGAACGCGUGCAAUCCAUUGCCUUCCAGACACGGAGUUCCUUCCACCAACAAGGGGAUUUCUCAUUGGUGAUCUCCAAGCUUGAAGGCAUUCCUGGAAAAGAGCUGCCUCCAGCACCAGCACCAGCUAGGAAGACCAAAUGGACCUGCAGUGCUUGUGGUACCAUGAACUUCGACACCUCCAAAUAUUGCACGCGAUGUGGGGAGAGCCGGAACGCGGAAGCCGAUCGUGCGGCACGCGCCAAGGCAGAGGAGGAAAGGAAGCAGAAGGUGAAGUGGGAAUGCCGCGAAUGCGGGGCAAAGAACUUUCCCAGCAUGGAAGAGUGCUUCAAGUGCGGAGCACCUCGAAGUCGCUUUCGCCUCCAUUACUCGGCACUGUCUCACUCAGUGCAAAUCCGCUUGUCGGUGCGCCCUCAGUGCGGGCGAGUGUUUCGAGCUGUCGUGCAAGCGUUGUUCUCCAACGGCUGCGGUGAAUUCAAGCGUACAUUGGCACAUUUAGGUGCUUCGACCUUAGUGCAGCCAACUGCGUGCCACGCAGCGUACGCGGAGCGAACGGCGGACGAGCUCCGAAAGCUGUUCGCUCACGGCGCUCGCGCCGGACGGGCUUCCCACGUCCAGUCCAAUAGCGGCGCCGGUGCUGCAAAGCUCAUGCUGGCCGCCAAUACCACAGCCGGCCACUCAGAGGGAGAGGUGACCGGCACAUCGCCCGAUGCAGAGCUGUCGGUCGGACGAUCGUUGUCACCGCACUGCUUUGUCCAGCAGAAGUUUGGCCUCUCUCGGGAUGGUCGUUACCUCUCAUUGAUGUUCAGCCCAUGGCUCACCCGUGCGACACCAAGAACGUCAAAACGAGCUGAGAACUGCAGACGAGCUGAGCACGGUGCGUUUGUCGUACAAUUGAAACGGUGUGUGCGUCAUUCUUCGUGA